AUGGCUCACACUGUUGUGAACUCUCCCCAGGCUCUGAGGAAGGAGCUGCACACCUGGAAGGUGGAUGUUGUUCUGAACGAUGGCGCUCCCAAUGUAGGAGCCAACUGGCAGCAUGAUGCCUUCUCCCAGGGUUUGCCGGCUCUGAUGAUGUCACAGAGGUGCCGGAGUGAUGAGAAGAAGCACAGACGGAAGCCUGUGCCCGUUACCAAGGAGAUGGUGGAGGAGUACAAGCAGCACUGGAGAGAGAUCAACGCCCGGCCAAUCAAGAGGGUGGCUGAGGCCAAGGCCCGCAAGAAGAGAAGGAUGCUGAAGAAGAUGGAGCAGGCAAAGAAGAAGGCGGAGGCAGUGGUGAACACAGUGGACAUCUCAGAGAGGGAGAGGAUGGCCCAGCUGAAGAGCAUCUACAAGAAGGCGGGCGCGGCCGAGGAGGAUCGGGAGGUGACCUGUGUGGUGGCCAAGAAGGGGGCGGGCCGGAGGGUGCGGGGGCCAGCGGGGGUGAAGGGCGUGUUCCGCGUGGUGCACGGGAGGAUGAAGAAGGACAUGAGGGGUCUGCAGCGGAAGGAGCAGAAGGGGGGAAAGGGAGGAAAAGGAGGAAGAGGCGGAGGGAAGGGAAUGAAGGGGGGUAAGGGUCACCCAAAAAAGAAAUAA